CAGACAAGAAUCUAAUUCCAAGAUGGCGUCGCUCCCCCUUGUCGUAUUUCUCGUCUCCGUUGCGAUGGUAACAUGUGCCGACCCGCGGUUGGACCUAUUCAAAUACGGUAAUUGGUGCGGUGCCUAUACUACAGGGUUGAGCACCGAUUCCAACGGUGCCGUUGCCGGAAAUAAGUGUUGUACGUGUGACGACACAUUGGAUGACUGCAGGAAUUGCCUCCCUCCCAUUGAUGAAAUGGACGAAGCCUGUCUGCAACACGACUACUGUCUCGCCUGUGGGACCAAACACAUCUUUGGCGCUCACGACUGCGGCUGUGAAGAGGACAUCAGCAAGAUGACCCAGGGGGUGGACUGUACCACAGCCCCUGACGCCAAGGCCUGCGCCUCAUUCAAGGCAGGAACCCUGAUUCUCUUCGAGAACUUCCCCUGCAUGUGCACCGAUCCGGAUACCUGCAAGAGGCCAAGCAUUGCCGGUGUUGGAAAGUGCAUCGUUCCAAAUUACAAAUUUUGUUAGAAAAGCAUCAUUUGGUGUAAAUUCAUGUUAUAUCAUACGUACGAAUUGGAUAGAUUUUGACGAGUGAAUAAAUGCUGUA